AUGGAGGCUCCCGAGAGCAGAAAGAGAACUCGAGAAGAUGAUGGUGCAUUGUCGAUCCGCUCGAAACGACACCAAUCGAACAAUGGCGACUGGCAAAGCCUUGGCUAUUGCGACUACACCGUUGGCUGGGUUUGCGCUCUCCCCAUCGAGAUGGCAGCGGCAGAAGCCAUACUAGACAGCAUUCACGCCCCCUUGCCCCGCAAGGAAGGCGAUCCCAAUACUUACACUUUUGGCCGCGUUGGUGAGCAUAAUGUUGUUAUCGCAUGCCUUCCAGCGAGCCAAUACGGCACAAACAACGCCGCUACAGUGGCCAGCAAUAUGAGUCGAAGCUACUCCUCCAUCACCAUUCGAUUGAUGGUUGGAAUUGGUGGUGGAGUGCCCGACAGCGGGAUCGACAUACGAUUAGGAGAUGUUGUAGUCGGGAAUGAAGUGAUUCAGUAUGACUUAGGCAAGGUCUUGCCCGACGGCCAGUUUCAGCGAACAGGCCGCACCACGACACCGCCUCACACGAUCAUGACGGCUGUGUCCAAACUACAAGCAGAUUACGAAAGCGCGCCCAGCAAAAUUCCCAGCAUCCUCUUGGAUAUGCUCGACCGAAACGAGCAAAUGACCUCAUACGCCCGACCUAGCUUGCCAGAUCGACUGUUCCAACGACCUCAUCGGGAGACCGCGAAACCCAGAAUCCACUAUGGCAAAAUUGCAUCCGGCAACCAGGUCGUCAAGGAUGGCGAAACUCGUGCUAAGAUGGCGGAGGAACUUGGCAUCAUCUGCUUUGAGAUGGAGGCUGCAGGGCUGCAUGAUUUUUCUUGCCUUGUGGUUCGCGGCAUUUGCGACUACUCAGAUUCUCACAAGAACAAGGCCUGGCAGAGGUAUUCCGCUGCUGUCGCUGCUGCAUACGCCAAGGAACUCCUAUCUGUCAUACCUACACAGCAACGAAGGGAUACUGAAACGACAUAUCCUACAACAAACCCAACAUUACUCCAGAGUCGAGUGGAGGCAGUGUUGAACUCAUUAACGUUUGAGCAAAUCGACUCGCGCCAUGCAACAAUCAAGACUCAACAUUCCAAAACUUGCCAAUGGCUGCUCGGCCACUCAAAGUACGUCGAGUGGCUCGAACCCAUCCAUUUUGCCAGUCAUCAUGGAUUCCUGUGGAUCAAUGGAAAGCCCGGCGCUGGGAAGUCAACAUUGAUGAAGUUUUCCUACACCUACGCGAAGAACAAGUGGAAAGCAACAGCCGACGCAAACGUCAUUUCUUUUUUCUUCAACGCCCGAGGCGUUCAGCUGGAAAAGUCAACAGAAGGAAUGUAUCGAUCUCUGCUUUUUCAAGUCAUUCAAAAAUUCCCGGACGUCCUACACGAUUCAGACCACAUCUUCCAAGCCAGGCACAACCAGGCUACCUGGGAUAUCGAAACGCUCCAGGCUCUUUUCACCCAUGCGGCUACCAAACUUGGCCAGCGACAGAUCAUCUGCUUCAUCGAUGCUCUUGAUGAAUGUGAUAUAUCUGAGGUUGAGAAUAUGGUCGAGUAUUUCGAAAACCUUGGAGACCAAGCUGCCGAAAGCCAAACGAAAAUGUACAUCUGUUUUUCCAGUCGCCACUAUCCUCAUAUCGACAUACGCAACGGAUUGAAGCUCACCUUAGAGGACCAGCCAGGCCAUGGCGAAGACCUUGAGAAAUAUGUCCGAAGCAAGUUACGAGCCGGCAACAGCAAGGCGUCUCAGGAGGUCUCUGCCGAAAUCUUAGAGAGAGCAUCAGGAGUUUUCCUGUGGGUGGUGCUCGUCGUUGACAUACUUAACAGAGAGUUCCGCGAUGGUCGCAUAUUUGCAGUAAAGCAGCGACUAAAGGAGCUGCCCGAUGGGCUUAGUAACCUUUUCAAGGAUAUACUUUGCCGUGACAAUCAUAAUAUGGACGAUCUGUUACUUUGCAUCCAGUGGAUCUUAUAUGCAGCAAGACCCUUGACGUGUGAGGAGUACUACUUUGCCCUCGUAUCAGGACUAGACCCAAGCCCUGAGAACUUGGUUAGGUACGAUCGAGAAUCGACUACCCCUGCAGCCAUGGAGUUGUAUCUUCUUAGCUCUUCGAAAGGCCUUGCCGAACUUGUCAAGUCGAAGGCGCGAACUGUACAAUUUAUUCAUGAAUCGGUUCGCGAUUUUCUCAUCAAGGACAACGGGAUUCGCCAGUUAUGGCCCAAUCACGCAGCGAGCUUUAAAAGCUACAGCCACGAUCGAUUGAAACAAUGCUGUGAUACUUAUUGCAACAUUGACAUUUCCGAAAGAGUACCCCAGGGCGAGCCUCUGCCUAACGCAUCGUCAGAGCAGGCAAAAGAGUUACGUACUCGGGUUUCAAAAGAGUUCCCAUUUCUUGAUUACGCGACACGACAUGUUCUUCAUCAUGCCAAUGCUGCCGAGGAUGAUAUUUCUCAGCUUACAUUCCUGAAGAACUUCGCAUUAAAGCGCUGGCUCCAUUUGUACAACUUGUUUCAACGGUAUGAAGUUCAACGUUACACAGCCAAGGCUUCUUUAGUUUACAUCCUGGCUGAGCACAACCUACCGUCUCUUGUCCGAUCUGCAGUUAACAACGGAUUUGAUGCUCAUCCGAAAGGAGAGAGGUACGGAUACCCUCUUUUGGCUGCUUUGAGAAAUGGCCAUGAAGAGGUAUACAAGGCACUCCAGCCUCAUUGCAAUGCUUUGGACAAGAUCAUUGAUCAAAACGAUUACCAUAAAGGGUUCUCGAUUCCAAAAAUUACGACUGUGCUUCAUUACGCCGCAGAGCACGGCAAUCUAUUACUCUUAACACACUUGCUCGGGUUCAUGACACCAGCAAGUGAUGCACCAGAUGAGCGGAGGGGCCGUACUCCUUUGAGUUAUGCGGCGUCUAGUGGUAGUGAAGCUUGUUUACGGGCGCUGCUCUCCUGCGGUUCACAUAUCGAGGCAGCCGAUAAAGACGGCCGGACGCCGCUAUUAUAUGCCGCAAAUGGCAAGAAUGAGGCCAUUGUACGGCUGCUGCUUGACCGAGGCGCGCAAACUGAGGCAGCCGAUAAAGACGGCCGGACGCCGUUAUCGUACGCCGGAAAUGAGGCUAUUGUACGGCUGCUGCUUGACUGGGGCACACAGAUUAAGGCGGCUGAUAAAGAUGGCCGAACGCCGCUAUCAUAUGCCGCGGAGUCUGGGGAUAAGGACGUUGUACGGCUGCUGCUUGACCGGGGCGCGCAAACUGAGGCGGCUGAUAAAGAUGGCCGAACGCCGCUAUUAUAUGCCGCGUGGUUGGGCGAGAGUGAGGCUAUUGUGCGGCUGCUGCUUAACUGGGGCGCGCAGGUUGAGACGGCCGAUAAAUACGGCCGUACGCCGUUAUCGUACGCCGUGGAAGGGAAGGGGAGUGAGGCUAUUGUGCGGCUGCUGCUUAACCGGGGCGCGCAAACUGAGGCAGCUGAUAAAGAUGGCCGGACGCUGCUAUCAUAUGCCGCGGAGUCUGGGGAUAAGGACGUUGUACGGCUGCUGCUUGACCGGGGCGCACAGAUUGAGGCGGCUGAUAAAGAUGGCCGAACGCCGCUAUCGUAUGCCGCGAGCGUGAAACGGAAUGAGGCCAUUGUACAGCUUCUCCAAUCGCGUGGUGCUAAAUCUUCGUCGUCGAUGAUAUCGUCUUAA